AUGGGGCCGUUUGUUAGAUCGUAUGGGAACAAAUAUAUAUUGGUGGUGGUUGACUGUGUCUCCAAGUGGGUCAAAGCGGUGGCUCUCCCAACCAAUGAUGCAAAAGGGGUAACAAGCUUUCUAAAGAAAAACAUCUUCACACGUUUUGGCACCCCAAGAGCUAUAAUCAGUGAUGGUGGAACCCAUUUUUUCAAUAGAGAAUUCGCACAGAUAUUGGAAAAGUAUGGAGUUCGUCAUAAAAUGACCACCCCUCAUCACCCACAGCUGAGCGGGCAAGUUGAAGUGUCCAACAGGAAAAUUAAAAGUGUCCUUACAAAAACAAUGAAUGCAACAAGGAUCGAUUGGCCAGAGAAGCUGGAUGAUGCAUUGCGGGUGUAUCACACAGCCUUCAAAACUCCAAUUGGUAUGUCACCGUACAAGAUGGUGUUUGUAAAGGCAUGCUACCUUCCGGUAGAGCUCGAACAUAAAGCACUUUGGGCAAUGCGGCAGCUGAACUUGGGUAUGGAGACAACAGGCACCAACAGAGUCACUGGUUACAUGAGCUCGAGGAAUUCAGGUUCCAGAUUGAGAUUGUUUCCGGGUAAGUUGAAAUCUCGAUGGUCAGGACCUUUCAGAGUGGUGCAAAUAUUCUUAAGUGGAGCUGUAGAGAUUGAAUCAGAAGAUGGGACGAAUAAGUUCACAAUGAAUGGGCAAAGAUUGAAACAUUACCUUGGAAUGGCAGAAGAAAAAGGGGAUAGAGAGAUAAUAACUUUGGAAGAACCCCAGUACGCGAAUGAGGAGUGA